AUGGACAGGCUGUUUGAAAUAGCGCCCGAGAUCGCGAUCGAGCUCCUGGGAUCAGAGGGCGUAGCCAGGCUGACCGAGGCGCUGUCUUGCGGCGGCCCCCGGGCCUUCGACGAGAUCGCCGCCGCCGCAGAUGCGGAUGCGGGUGGCGGCGGCGGCGCCGCCGUUCUGUCCACCAUCGACCGCCUGCGCCGCGCUGCGGCCGCACACGCGCCUGCGCCGGUCGUGCCGCCUCCGGUGCCGCGCGGCCCCCACGGCCUGCUGAAGGGCGCACUGGCCAAGAUGCUGCUCACACAGGCCACAGGCGGCGGCGGGGGGUGGGACGGCAGGGUGUGCUGGACGCCGCUCGCGCUGGCUGGCCCCCGCCUGCUGGCGUUCUGGCGCGGGGAGCAGCGCCUGUUUGCGGCGUCCCCGGACGGCGCCCCGCCCUUCAGCAGCCUGGCGGUCAUGAUCACGGGGGACCCCUACCUCAGCUGCAGGGCGCGAUCAGCCGCAGGCGGUGGCGGGGGCGGCGGCGGCGGCGGGCGCGGCGGCGCUGCGGGGCCUGUGGGGGGCGAGCUCUGUGUGGUUCUGGACGCGGCCAGGCUGGCGCAGUGGGGCUCGGCGGCGCCGCUGCCGUCGUUCGCUGGCCUGAUGCUGUUGAUUGACGAGGCCUGGGACAUUGGGGGCGGCGUUGAUGAGCCCCCGAACCAGGGCUGCGGCGGUGGCGGCGGCGGCGACGCGGCCCAGCUGGCCCCCAUACUGCUCAACUGGGCGGCCAAGAUGAUGGCGGCGGAGGGCAACCCAGGAGCGUCCACCUGGCAGCCCAGCGCAGCGCUGAGGGUCAGCCCCAACGACGCGGCGUACUCGCUGCUGGGCUCGCGCUGCGGCGACGUGCUCCGCGAGCUGUGGCAAGCGUGCCCCGCGACCGCACCGCACCCCUUCCCCAAGGGCCUCACAGCGGCCGCCUUGCUGGACGGCCAACCCCUGUUUACAUCAUGGGUCGACCCCACCAACCCAUCGGUGAAGCGGUACGGUCUCGACUUAUACCGCCUGGUCGGCUGCCCGCGGCCGGCGGGCUAG